GCGCAGUCUGGCGUCGUCGGUCGACGGAUGUUCACUUAGGGUGUGUUUGCUCGUGACUUUCUUUCAUUUAUUCGUACUCGCAGCUGUUUAAAUCGCGAUAUCGUUCGUUUGCCUUCGUAUCGUUCAGAACGGUCGCCCUUUCAGUGUUUUAGCGAAGUUCGUAGCAGUAAUACAACGAUAGCAAGACAAAGACUGGUUAUGCCGGUCGAAGAGUUUUUGUGACUCGUACCGUGAAGAUCUUCGUACGGGGAUUGCUAGUUUGAUACGAGACAGUGAUAAGAUGAAAGGCAAACCCCUUGGUUCCAAUCGAACGUAGCCCACAUGGAUGGAGCAAACCGGAAGGACUAAGAGUCCAUCCCGAAACACGUCGACCCCUUGGCCCCCGACUCGCUUUCUCAUCGAAUUGUGUUCGUCGCCUGAGGAUUGGAUUGAUUUUAUCGUAGCCAAACCGAAGAGGAAAUCACGGAUAAUCGGUGACGGGGACGAGGAUGGCCAGAAGCAGCGGCAUUACAAACAUAUACCGGCGAUGCACCGAUUGCACCGUCGUCGUUCAUCGCGAUGCCGUUGUCGCAGCUUGUAGUACGUCCGCUCACGAGUCACGAUCGAUCGGAAUCGGGUACGGUAGAAACGGCCACGACACUGCUACCUCUGACUACAUCGACUACUCUGCUAAUUUCGAUCAGGGAGAGGGUACGGCCGAUUAGAGUCGCCCUUUUCGAUACAACUGUCCAGCAACACGUGAUUCACAAAUUAGAAAGACAAGUACAUCUCGCAGAAUGGACAUGUGCGGGGUCUACUUGUCUCAGCUGCGGGCGAUGCUCGUGAGGAAUAUCCUGUUGAAGAAGCGCGAGAAGCGGAAGACUACGGCGGAGAUUUUCCUCCCCCUUUGCACCCUAGGUGUAUUAAUAGUGGUAAAAGUUUUACCACCGAAUCCAAACUAUCCCGCAAUGACGACGCAGAGGCAGGAGGGUGGUAUAUUCGAGACGUUCAAUGGCUACAGGAACAACACAAUAGCCGUUGUUCCAAACUCAACAGAAACUUUGACUUUUUUAAAUUCGAUGAAUGCCCUGUGGGCAUCAAUGUGGGAUUAUCCUGGCAAACUUCCCUUAAAUUUCAUGGUGUUCGAUACAAAGGAUGAUCUGCAAGCAGCGUAUUGGAGAGACCCAUAUAGCGUACCUUUAGCAGUAAUCUUCGAGGAUUCUCAACCCAUAUCUCAGCGUCUCUCGUACGAGAUAAGAACUAAUCCAUCAUAUACGAAUCCACCUUCGCCAACUGAAUUGUAUUCCGCCCCAGUUACUUGCCGAAAGGAUACGAGCCAUUGGCUGGGAGGUGUAUUGUCGAUGGAAACUGGUGGAUCAUGUCCUGCGAAUAACUAUUUGCACUCAGGUUUCCUAGCAUUACAAAUGAUAAUGGAUAUCACAAAGAUAAGACUAGACACAGGGAAUACAGAUGUAACUGUACCGGAUGUUAAGCUAGAAAUGUUCCCUAAAGAAGCUUUCACCGCAAACUGGAUGCUGGCCUUGAGAGUUGUUAUACCUCUUUUUAUGGUCCUCUCUCUUUCACAAUUCGUCACUUAUCUUCUGAUCCUAAUAGUCGGCGAAAAGGAGAAAAAGAUCAAGGAAGGAAUGAAGAUAAUGGGCCUAAAGGAUUCGAUAUUCUGGUUAUCAUGGUUCAUUAUCUACAGCGUUUUUGUCUUAUUACUCUCUGCCGUCGCAGUAAUACUACUUUUCACACUACAAAUGUUUCAACACACACACUUUUUACCGAUAUUCCUUUUAGUAGUGCUCUACAGCUUCUCCAUAAUCAUGUUCGCUUUUAUGAUAACACCUUUCUUCGACACGUCACGAACUGCCGGUGUACUAGGCAAUUUUGCAGUCACGAUAAUGAGCUUGAUGUAUUUUAUUCAAGUCUUUGUGAAUGACUCUAGUUCAGUUCCGUUUUGGUUAGUCUCUCUUCUUAGUCCAACAGGCGUUGCUUUGGCUAUGGAUAAGGCUCUUGUAUUAGAUCUACAAGGAGAAGGAGUUAACUUUGACAAUCUUUGGUCAGGUCCUGGUAUACCAUUUGGGGGAAGUCUUAUUAUGAUGACUUUAGACAUAAUUCUCUAUGCUUGCUUAGCUUAUUAUUUUGACUGCGUCAUUCCAAGUGAAUACGGGACGAAGAGAACUCCUUGGUUUUGCUUCACGCCUGAGUUUUGGUGUCAAAGAAAAGCUCCACGGACGUAUUUGCAGGUACCAUCGUCGAAUGGUGAAUCAAAUUCUUUUAUUCCUGGUGAAGAGACUAAUCGUGAUGUUGAACCUGUGGUGCGCGAGAUGAAGGGUCGUGAAGCGAUUAGAAUAGUUGAUCUUUACAAGUCCUACCAAAAAUGUCGUAAGCCAGAAAUUAAAGCCGUAAAUGGCAUCAAUUUAACGAUUUACGAGGGACAAAUCACGGCGAUACUUGGACACAACGGAGCUGGAAAAACAAGUCUCUUCAAUAUUUUAACUGGCCUGACCGCACCUACUGCUGGCACUGCCUUGAUAUUUGGUUAUGACGUUCGAGAUUCCAAUGAUAUGCAGAUGAUUAGAAGCAUGACUGGCGUUUGUCCACAACAUGAUAUCCUUUUUGAUCUUCUCACACCUCGCGAACACCUUGAAUUUUUCGCUGCUGUACGUGGCAUCCCAAAAUCGAUGAUAGAACAUGAGGUGAAAAAAACUUUAAAAGACAUCGAUUUAACUGAGAAAGCAAAUACUUUUGCGAAAUACUUGAGUGGAGGACAAAAAAGGAAAUUGUCUGUAGGUAUUGCCAUUAUCGGUGAUCCGAAGAUUAUUAUCCUCGAUGAACCUACAGCUGGGGUUGAUCCCUACUCCAGGAGACAGAUGUGGUCUUUCUUACAAUCUAGACGUCAUGGAAAAGUGAUUCUAUUGACUACUCAUUUUAUGGAUGAGGCGGAUAUAUUAGCAGAUAGGAAAGCAGUUAUUAGUAAAGGAAAGCUGAGAUGCUGUGGCAGUUCUUUAUUCUUAAAAAAUAAAUUUGGUAUUGGAUAUCACUUAACGUUAGUACUUGAAGGAAAUGCAAGAGAACACGCUAUUACCAGAUUAGUAACAUGUCAUGUCUCAAAAGCAGAAAAAGCUAGACGUCAUGGACGUGAACUGAGCUUUAUUUUACCUCAUAAUUCAGUAGAAAACUUCGCACCACUUUUCUCAGCUAUAGAGCACGAAAUUAAAACCCGAUCGAGUAGAUUAGGUAUUAGCAGCUAUGGAGUAUCAAUGACUACUUUAGAAGAAGUAUUUCUGCAUUUAGAAAAGGAUGAAGGCCCUGAAUACACAAUGGAUAAUUUAUCAAAAAAGAUGGUGCGCAAUCGUGCAUUAAGCAGAUCUUUAUCGUUGCAAUCUAAGAGUACUUCUUAUCAGAGUUUGCAGAACGAAGGUGUCACUGUUCAGAAUGAUGGUCAAGCAAAAGAGGCAGGAGAUUUGCCUGAUGGCGUCCAUAGUGAUAGAAAUCCUCCUGUUCUUGGCCUUGGACUAGACCCCAUAAAAGUUCGGCCUAAUUUCCUUCAAACCUUGUACGCUAUGCUUCGCCUAAGGAUACUUAGACUCUUCAGGAACAUUCAGUUAUUGUACUUCACUAUCUUCGCGCCUCUUCUUCUAGUAGUCGUUGGCCUCCAUUUAAAUAGCAUUGAAACAGUUGAAAUCAAAAUGCAAUCUCUUACAUUGAAUACUGAUACUUAUGGAAAUGAGACUAAACUUUUGUACGCGAAUAAUACCGACCAUGAUAUCACAAAUUUAAUCGAUGGAAUAAAUCAAGAUGUGAAGUACAUUGAAGAGUAUUACGGGAAUUUUGCAAAUUUGUUAAAAAUCGCACCACAUAUGUCUGCUUUCAAUAUCAAUGAAUAUAGUCUGUCCAGAAUUAAUUUGACUGUCGCAUAUAAUGAUACCAUGCAACAUUCCCUACCAAUUUUAAUAAACUUGUUAUCAAACACUUAUUACAGAUUACUCUCAAAUGAAAACAAUUUAAAACCGAUUGAAGUUAAGACACAUCCUUUCCAACAAACUUCUCAGCCACAGGGAUUCAAUAUUGGCACAGCGAGUACCGCACUGUUUAUUGGAAUGAAUUUUGUAUUGUUGCCAAUAACUUUAGUUGUGGACGUGGUCUAUGAUCGUGAAAUAAAAGCGAAGAAUCAGCUUCGUGUGAAUGGUCUGUCAUUUUCGAUGUACUUUCUGACGUACUUUAUUGUACUUGUCGGCCUGAUGUCUUUCAUCUGUUUAUGUAUUCUUGGCAUCAUAUUUCUCUUUGACGUGCCUUCGCUUCAAGAAGUACCAGCACUCAUCACCCUAGCCGGUCUUUUCAUGCUUUAUUGCCCAUCAUCCAUUCUAUUCUCUACGUGUUUGAGUUACAUCUUUGACAAGAUGGAUUCCGCUCAAAGCAUUUUGCCCAAUAUUGCAACUUUCAUUGGACUUAUACCGUUUAUACUAGUCACGAUUCUUGACAUGCUGGGUCUUAGUGGAACAGCAGCGUUUGUUUUACACGUAAUUUUUUCUCUACUGAACACAUUAUACGUACCAUAUGCUGCAGUGUAUUACGUAGAAAGAGUACAUCUAAUGUGCUCUAUCAACGCUGCUUGCCAUCAUCUGACUAUGUCUGAUUAUUUAACCACGGAGAUCAUUCUAAUGGCCUUUGGCGUGCUCCUGCAUUGUCCGGUGUGGUUCUUCGUGCUUUUACUGUUGGACAUUAAAAAGAGUGGUGGCAAUGUUAGUGAUGUAUUGAAGUAUUUCCUGCGCAAUGGCGGUUCGAUUGGUGAAGAAAUAAUGGAGAACUCUGACAUUGGAGAACAUGAAGAUGCAGACGUUAAAGCAGAAAAACAAAAAGUUUUUAAUCUCAUUACUUCAUCUGCCGUUCAGGAACCACCUGUAGUUCUAGUACAGAACUUGAGAAAGGAGUAUCGACAGCAGGAUACAGGUUCAUGUAGUUGUUGUUCGAAACAAGAUGAAGAAGCUAGUCAAAUACAACGAAAAAUUGCUGUAAGAAAUCUUUCGUUAGCGGUUGAGCCAGGAGAAGUGUUCGGUUUGCUGGGCCACAAUGGUGCUGGAAAGACAACAACAAUGAAGAUUAUCAUAGCUGAAGAAGCGGCCACUCGAGGAAGAGUACAGAUCGGUGGUCAUAAUAUUAAUUCAAGUAUGACAGAAGCUUUCAAACAAAUGGGAUACUGUCCCCAACAUGAUGCUCAAUGGAAGAAUAUUACCGUUAGGGAACAUUUAGAAUCUUACGCUGCGAUUCGUGGUGUACCAUGGAGUGAUAUUGGCAGAAUCGUAGAUUUAUACCUCACCGGUUUGCAAAUUCAUGAACACGCCGAUAAACAAGCUCAUGAGUGUUCGGGUGGAACUAGAAGGAAACUUAGUUUUGCCAUGGCAAUGAUCGGAGGUCCAAAAGUUGUUCUAAUGGACGAACCUAGUGCAGGAAUGGAUCCUAGGUCAAAGAGGUUUUUAUGGGAUACAAUCCUUGCUAGUUUCCAGGGUGGUAGAGGAGCAAUUCUUACCACUCAUUCAAUGGAGGAAGCUGAUGCUCUUUGUUCUAGAGUGGGUAUAAUGGUAAAAGGAGAGUUAAGAUGUAUUGGUUCUACUCAACAUCUGAAGAAUUUAUACGGUGCAGGCUAUACCCUCGAAAUGAAACUUUUAGGCGGUGAUUGUACACCAACGACACCGUCCGGUGAUAGGAUUACGAUUCUGAAAGAAUUUGUUUCCAGUCUUUUCCCAGAUGCAACUCUCGAAGAAAGUUUUGCCGACAGAUUAGUUUUUGCUGUUCCCCAACAUGCAGUUACCUCGCUGGCCGAGUGUUUUACGCAGUUGGAGAAAGCCAAGCUCGAGCUGGAUAUCGAAGAGUAUAGCUUCAGUCAAACCACUUUGGAACAAGUUUUCCUUAAAUUUUCCCACUAUGACGAAUCUAACUCGGGAGAAUGAUGACUCAUACAAAUGAGUGUAUUUAUUCCCAUGUGUUGUAUAGUGAAAUACUCAUGGAACUGCUCAAGUUGUGCAAAAAGUGUAAAAAAUGUUAUUCUUAUUGGAAGAAGUGAUUUGUUCUUUAGUGUUCCCACAUACUAUUGAAAAUCACAAUGACAGAGACGAUUUCUGCAUUCUAAAAUAUCAAGAGUAUUCUAAUAAUGACAUAAAAGGACCUUAUAUUAUCUUUGGACGUACUGACUUUGAAGAUUACCAUAUAAAUCAUAUUUUGAUCUUCAACGAUUCUAUGAAUGAAAGAAAACGUAUCUUUACGGUAUACAUCGAUCGACCUAAUUGCUAAAAAAAGAAUUACAUAUUUUUUUUGUGCCGGUGUAUCGUAUUGUUACGUUCGUCAGAAUUAAACAGUGACUUCCUGGAGGUAAUGUCGUGAGAUAAAUGGACAUAUGUGUAAAAUUAAUUGAGCUGUAAAUAGUGGGAAACUGUGGACGAUUUAUUCAGUUGUCAACAAAAAAAGCAGUACUAAUACUAUUUAAACAGUAAUAUUCAUAAUUUUGAAAUUAUAUUGUAAUAUAGUCUAUUAUUCGAUUCCUACGAAUAUUACGAAUAGGUCUCACAAUUAAUAUUGCUGUGGAAUUGGAACGUUAUUAUCAUCAUUAUAAAUAUAAUAUUAAAUAUUGACAGGAAAGAGAACAAGGAUCCAAGGAUCAAUAUUAAAUUCUUUUUAAAUGGAGUGAAUUCAAUGAAUUACCUAUCUACAUUGAUAAACGUAGGAAGAAAACACCUGUAUAUUCAUUUUAGUGAUAUUUAUGAUUGCUCGCAAUUAUUUCGGGCACUGUUAAAAGGAUUGGCACCGUUGUCCAGAAAGAGUGCUAAUUAUAGCGAGAAAAGCUACGUAAUAUACAAUCGGGCGAUUUAAUUUGAGCGUAUAAAGUAGUGUGUAGUACGUAUUUAUAAAUACUUCUCAAGCUCGUUUAUGGUCUUUACCGAAGCCUUUUGAAUAACGAGAAAAAGAGAUGAUAGGUUGUUAAUCUUGCCUCGGUAGAAUGUGACGAUAAUAAUUUAAUAUGAAACUUCUGUGGCAGAAGCAACCGAAAUAUAAUGGAACAACUUGAAUUCAGUAAAAUACAUUAUAGGAAAUUUUUAAUAGUCCAUGAAUGAUUUAACAAUUUCUGUUAAAAAAAAUUUCAUUAUUAUAAAAUUAUUUAUAAAUAUCUCUUUAUAUAAUUUUCUGUUCCGCGUUAUAAUUUAAUUGUUUAUUUCCCAAUGGUUUUAGUUUUUCAAAAAAUACUUUAUUUUGCUGCAAAUGCAAAUAUUGAAUAAAUGAGAUAGUCUGAACAAAAUGAGUUGAUACUGAGAAAAGAGCGAAACCUAAAAAACAAGAAUUUUUUAUUGCAUUAUAUACAGCUACAUUAAAUUGAACUCUUAUUAGAUGUGAAUUUCAUAAGUAGAACUAAAAAGGGCUAGAUAUCUUGUUUUAUAUGAUCAGUUUUCAAGCAUAAUCAAGAGAGCCUGGUACGUGUCAAGAAUAAUUCAUUUGAAAGGUAAAAAAAGAAAAGCUUAAAAAAAAAUUAGUUGAAAUGUUAGGAAAAAAAAUAUGUGCUCUCAAGAUGUCCCAUCGGAGAACAAAUUUUUUUAGAUAUCUGUGUGCGUACACUCGAUCUUCCGUGAAUAAAAAAAACUUUAAAAUAUUGAACGGAAGUAACAGUAAGAAUACUGUUUGGAGGACUGAAUGAAAUGUUUUGCAGAUUAUAGUGCAUAGGUAGACAAAAAAUAAAAAUUUCACUGUGUAAGGGGGUAUUGAUUUUUGUAAAUAAAAUUCAGUGUAAGAAGGAUUCUUACAUCUAUAGGAAAUGUAAAAUGAAGAGGAAAAGUGCGUUGGGCGUACGCGCAUUUAUAGAGGGGUUGUGUACGCACAAUUCUUGUUCUAGCUAAUACUACAUCAAUAUACAAUUUAGUCAAUUAUGGAAUUAACUUGAAUGAAAGGAAAAACUGCAAAUAAUUUUAUGAACAUUAUAUAUAUAAAUAUAUAAAUACACGUAUAUUUAUAUAUUUAUAUAAAACAUAAUAUAUACAUAUAUGUAUGCCGUUUUUUAACAACACCGAUUAUGUUUUAAGUAUAUCACGAUUACGAGAUACGGGAAUAUUAUAAAACAUUCCUAAACACAAGUACUGUUGCUACAUUAAGAAAUAGAACAUAACUUGCAUUCACGCUAAGCGAUUUUUAUUUCUUUUUGUCUGUAGCCGUAUCUACAUUAUAUCUUCUCUGCUCAUAUUAAUCGCCACUUUUUGGCUUUUCCUGUUACGACUCGUUCAUAUUUGUCGAGCUUUUCACAUCGAUCGAUAUAUAUGUAUAUAUACAUAUAAUAAAUUAUAUAUAUAUAUAUAUUAAUGAUAUAUAUUUAUAUUUAUGUAAUUAAAGAGUUUGCAAUGAGAAUGUGACCAUUGAUCCUUAGAUUAUCUCAAAUUUUAUUAGACUAAUUCGCAAAUUAUUCGAUUUAAUCAUAAAUAAAACAUAAAAUAAAAGUACUUCUAAUUUAAAAUAAAAAGACUUCAAAUUUCUCUGUAAGAACAAUUUUAUUGUUACAAAUAGGUGAUAUCAUUAUUAAAACUAGAUUUCGAAGUUUCUUUCAAAUAUAGAAAUCAAUUAUUAUUAAUUAUUAUCAAGAAUUAAAUCAAAGAAUUAAUAUAAAAGUGUAGAAUUCAUAAUUUGCUUUUAGUGCAAACACUUAAAUUCAGUUAUAAGAUAUUGAUAUUAUAAUAAUAUCUUAUAUCAUUAAAUUAAUUUGAAGUUCUUCUUGAACUUUACUCGUCCCGAGUAACUUUUAUUGUUGCCAUAAAGAUUUCUCGUCUUUACAUUUAUUUGCAGCAUAGCUAAUGAAAUGUAUGUAGAGAGACAUCGCAAACAAUCACAAGCAUAGUCGAACUUGAUGCUUGUAAAUUAAACAUAAAAUUGAUCGUCAUUGAUUACAUAUGAUUUUUUAGAAAUAAUAUAUACAUAUAUUCGCAUCGAGACACUACAUGUAGGCCAUUGUUCGGCCGAAUUUCGUUUCAACGAAAGAGUGGAAACAAAAGAAGGAAAAAUUCUUGCACACACAUACAUACAGUGGCGUGCAAAAGCUUCCGGCCAGAUAGAUCUUUCACUUUAUAUCUCAAAAGCGGUAUUUUAAAAAAUUUUAAGUAAUAUUAUACAAUUAUAUAACAGUGUUUGUGUAUUAUUUAAAAUAUUAUUUAACAUACAUAUAUUACAAUAUUAUUUCAAAUUCUUGUAGAUAUCACCUUUCGAAUAUAAUGUUAGAAAUUUACCUAUUCCGACUGAAAUCUUUUGCACACCAAUGUAUUUACAUACACAACCAUACAUGCAUGCACGCACUCAUGCACUCACGCGCGCGACCGGUCAUCGGAUAAGGAUUUCGCGCUUUUUAAUAGAUGCACUCACACGCAAGACAUUAAGAGAGAAAGAGACUCAUAUAUAGGUACAAUUAUUAAAGAAAAAAAUAAUGCUAUUAUCAUGAGUAAAAGAAAAAAGAAAGAGAAGAAAACUACACGUCGAAUACACCCUGUCGAUGAACGGUUGACUUUGCGAAACUACAAUAUUUGUUGUGUAAAGUAAAUGUAAUCGAUUGGUUAAAUGGAAGCUUUUUCACAAAUAAAAAGAUGAUCAGUUAAACAUUUA